AUAGUUUUUUUAGCUCGUUUGUUCUUUCGUCUAAUAAAACUAUUGUAUGUUAUAUAUAUAUAUAUAUGCUUUAGGUUGUGAAUUAAUUUGGUUUGUUGUUGAUAUACAUAAUUAUUACUUUUCCAUUUAAGAGACACACAAUUCUGCACAUUUAAUAGAAUUUUCUGGUACAAAUAUGAACAAUUCUACUGCAAAGGUCGGAGAGAUCUUCCGUGAGGCCGGGGUUGCAUUCAAUAAACUGUCUGAUAUGACUAUGCUGCUGCACCCGAUGGGAGAUUCACAGCCGGGUGGGAAAUGGACAGAGGAAGAAAUUGAAAUGUUACGUCUGUGUGUACAUCGAUUUGCAGUUGACCUUAAUAAACUCAGUCAACACAUUAAGAGUAGGACUGUGUCUCAAAUUCGCACAACCCUUAAGAAGAAAGCGUUCGAGGAUGCAGGUAUACCUGUAAGACAGGUAAGCAGUACAGUGACGAGCCACAGCCAGCCGCAGACUCCACAGGUAGCAUCCACACUGAGCGUGAUCAACACACAGAACGUUAUAGGAAAGAACGCCGAGGUCACCUUGAAUAUGCUGAACGCAUCAGAGAACGAGGUGGACGUUGAAGGGCUCAGCGGAGACGUGAAGCUCGAAUUCGACGCAACCAACGAGGAAGUGGCCACCUGAAACCUAUUCAGCUUCCCAUACUAGCUAUAAGAUGACCGCGGCUGUACGAGCAUGGACGACCUAUGUAAAAACACAAUUCAGAGCAGUGAUUUAUCUCCUAAAGUCUAUUAACCCACUCGGCGUUUGCCACAACUAAAUUUACAGACAAACCAGUCUGAAAUAUCUUUUUUUAUUUGUAGUAGUGUAAUGCAGACAAAAUCAGUUGGCACUAUCUAACUCGUGCAUCGCACUCUUGACAAAAUUUUGUUUUUGAUUAUUUUCUGAUUAACGAAUUCAUUGUUUUUAUUAUUGGAGCGUAAAAUGUUCAGGAUUAAUUAUAUACCUAUAAAAAACAAAAAUCUAGUGAUACACAACUACAAAUUCAAAAAUGUCUUAUGUUAAUUUACAAUCUGCUAAUUAAAAUAUCUUAAUAUGCAUAAUUAAUGUUUAUUAACGUCACGUCACGACAUGGAAACGAAUGAACUUUAGGAAAGACGUAUAAAAAAAAUAAUUAUGCAUAUUAAUCUUCCAUAAUAAUAUCUAAAUAGAGAUCAAAUGAAAUAUACUAUUUUUGGAGGUUACAACGAAAGUGUUUUACAAUAAAAUUAUAAGAGUUUCAGAAUGUCAAAAUUAUUAUUAGCUAUUAGACUUUCAUAACAAAUAACUCAUUUCCUUGUAAAAAGUAAUAAAUUACAUUAUACAUCCCUUCAAAGUGGUAAAUAUAUAAAUAUUUUUAGUUAUAAAGCAUAAAACUUUAUUUAUUAAAAAUGUAAUCCAUAUUGAUGUUUUACAAAACAUUGCAAAUCAGAUGUUCUAUUAUAUGUCAAAACUGAAUACUAAAAACUAGUUAUUGAAAUAACAGUAACCUCCAAAAGGAUAGGUAUUAUAAACGCAUGUAUCUGGGAUAAUAGAUAUUGGGAAUUUAAAACUCCUUUCUAUCUGCAGUGUGGUAACUAUAUCACACAUAAUACAGAGUUAUAUUUUUGAAUAUACACACUAUUUUUGUAACAAUUUUUAAUAGUUUAAAGAUAAUCGCACUUAUAAAUCCAAAUUACCAGUCCUUUUAUUCUAAAUUGUCAUACAGUAUUUAGAACAACGUACGAAAUUAUUCACAAUCAUAAUAAAUCUGACCAACUCAUACAGCGCCAUCUAGUCCUAAUUGUACGAAAUAGGUUUAUAGGCAACGGAUACCACUUAGUUUGGCCACAGGUGGACAGUUCUCUACAUAAUUUAACUUUGUCGAAUACAACUGAUAAUGGCUUCUAAAUUAAUGAUGAAUAAAUGUUUUGCAUUUUAAACGACAUGACAUUUCUAUAGUUCUAACUUAAUAACCAUCAAAUAGAAUUGUUAGAGAAAACGUAUUGGAUUGGGUUAGUGCGAAUAUCUUUGAACUAGUUUAGCACGAUAGGAUAUACCAAUCUGAAAUGCAGUGAUAGGUUUUAUAGAACCGAAACACUUUCUAAGAAAAUAGCCGUAAAGUUGAUUUUUCAACGGACUCUUAAAAGGAUCUUAUGAUUUUGACUCUAUGAUAUGCGCCAUCUGUGCCAAAAUUGAAUUUUCGUGUUCAUUCAAUUUGCAAUUAUGUUGCUUUGGGAUAAAUAUUAAUUUUCAUUAAUACGACCAAUCACGUUUAGGCUGGUAUAUCAUUUUCGGCUUAGGAAUAGAAACAUAUUUUAAAUAUUUUUUUAAAACCGAAUUCAUGGGUCUGCAAUAUACCAAAAUAUUAAGAAGUUGUAAGGUAUCAUAGUUAUUUAGUAAUAUUGUAAAAUCACUUACAAUUCACUAAAAAACAACAAAGUAAUAUAGUAUCUGAAUAGUUAAAAUAACGCAGAGCACCAUCUAAUAUACAAACAUAUACAAAAUCUAAAAACGUUUUGGAUUCGGUAAAAGAUAAAAGUAAAUAAUUAUUUUUAUGAAGAAAUCUCUAUUUUGUAUGUAUAUAUUUAAUAUUCAUUAUAUAAGUGUCGUAAACCUUUAUCUCACACUCGUAUUUCGUCAUUGUAGCACCCUUUAAGAUUUAUAUUGGCUUCACUACAAUAUUUUGCCAAUAAAUAUCAUAUUGUUACGUUAUAGGAUGCUUAUAUUAUAGUUUUUAAACUAGAAGCACUUCUAUUGUUAGGUUUUGUAAUUUACCUUAGAUUACUACGUAUUAUACAAAUGGGACAUUUCUGGUUUAUAUGUGUGUAUUCACUUUUUAGUGUUUAACAAAUCAAAUCAAUUUAAAAUAUUUUUAUACAUUUAGAUCUAUUACGGACACUUGUCAUAAGUCAAGUCAACCGUCAGUACGGAAUGAAGCAUGAGUCGGGAAGUAGUAACAAGAAACUAUUUAAUUUAUAACACCCUUUAGUCAUCAUUAUUUACUUAUGCACAUAUUAUUUAAAAACUAUUAACUAGUACAUGUUAUCCUUUUAUUGUUUAGCCAAUAUUCUUUUAUCUUUAUUCUAUAGUCGUAUAAGUAGUGUUCUUAUAGAUUCAUCCGAUUUCAAUUAUAAACUUUAAAGCCUCCGUACUCUGUUAUAUAUUUUUAGAAGUAAUCCUUUAGUAAUGAUAAAAAAGUACAAGUGUUUUUAAAUUUACAGUUAAGAGUAGUCCAGGAUCUCGUAAUGUCUAUGUGUUAAUUGAGAACUUGAAACAAUUUUCAAUAUUAAUUAAUUAAAACAUGUUCUAAUACACUACAAUACAAGAUUCGCAUUCAACUGUAAUUAAUUAUAUUUUGAUGGUAUAAAAUAUUUGAAAACUUUAAAACAUAAUUUUAGGCCUAUUCAAUUUUAAUCUACGAUAUAAUUACGAUCCAUAAAGAUACCAUUCUCUUCAUUAA